AAAUAAAAAACCAACCCCCCUUUGCCCCUUUUCUCAAUUUCAUAAAUAAAAUAAAAUAAAAAAUGAAUUUCUCAUCAUCAUAUAGUAUUAUUAUCUAUUUCUACCUUUCUGUCCAUUAGGCAUUUUCAUUUUCAUUUCCCCCCUCUGUUCUUCUUCCUCUAUUUUUUUUUUUUUUUUUUGCAUAUCAUGCAAAUAAAAUUAGCCUAAAAAGAAGUUAUUAUUUGUUUAAUUUUUUUUUAAUAGUUUUCGUUUUCCACAAUCUUGUUCGGUGGGAAAUUAAGAAAAAAAAAAAAGUUCUACAGCUCAGAGUUUUAUUGGUUUUCGUAAAGUUUUUUUUUUUUUCCAUAUAUUUUCCAAAAAUCUCGAGGUUUAUGCAUUUCCUUUUGGUAAUUUUUUUUGCUCUGCAUUUUCUUCAUUACAAGUUUGAUUUUUUUUGGUUUGGUGAAAAGAAGCUGAAUUAGGGUUUUAGGAGUUGUAUUUUAGGAGCAAUGUUGCUUCAGAAAUUGUUAAAAUUCGAAUGAAAUUAAUUUUCUAGGUAUAAUUUUUACCCAAAAAAAGUUAAAAAUGUUGUCAGUUUCGUCGUCUAGUAUAGUUCGUAGUUCAUUGGAAGAAAUGCUGGAUUCGCUCCGGCAAAGGGAUGAAAAUGAGAAGCCAAAAGACUUACCGCCGGCGUUACCAGCUAGGCCGAAGCUGAAAUCGAGAACUAGGCCGCCGUCGCCGAAGCGAAUGUUGGGAAGAAAUUUGGUGAAAAGUGAUGUUGAAUUGGUGGAGAGGAAGGAGGAGGAGGGUAAAGAGGUGAAAAGGAAUGAUUUUGAGGGUAUUAAGGUGAAGGAAAUUGAAGAUAUCGAAUCUCCUUACGCGAUGGAUGGAGUAAAGAGGAAGAGGACAAGGAGAUUGUGUGAUGUAAGUGAAUGGGAUGAUCGUAUGGAUUAUUUUGUUAAGAAGAAGCUUCACAUCUGGUGUCGCCUAAGGAAUGGGCAAUGGGUAUCGGGACAGAUUCAAUCAACUUCAGGAGAGAAAGCUAUGGUAUUACUUUCUGAUGACAGUGUUGUGGCAUUGCCUGUUGGAGAUGUAUUACCUGCUAAUCCAGAUGUUCUUGAGGGUGUGGAUGAUCUCAUGCAACUUAGUUAUUUGAACGAGCCGUCAGUUCUUCACAACCUUCAACACAGAUAUGCACGGGAUAUAAUAUAUAGUAAGGCAGGGCCUGUCUUAAUUGCGAUCAAUCCGUUCAAAGACAUCCAGUUGUACGGGAAUGAAUUUGUUACAGCUUACAGAAAGAAGCUCUUGAAUGAUCCUCAUGUUUAUUCUAUUGCUGACACUGCCUACGAUCGAAUGAUGGAAGAUGAUAUAAGUCAAUCUAUUAUUAUAAGUGGGGAAAGUGGAUCUGGGAAGACGGAAACAGCAAAAAUUGCAAUGGAAUACUUGGCUAUGCUUGAUGGAGGCAGUAACGGGAUAGAGAAGGAGGUGCUGCAAACAAGCUACAUAUUGGAGGCCUUUGGGAAUGCCAAAACUUCCAGGAACGACAACUCCAGUCGAUUUGGAAAGUUGAUUGAAAUGCAUUUUAGUGCAACAGGAAGGAUAUGCGGUGCUAAAAUACAAUCCUUACUUCUUGAAAAGUCGAGAGCGGUUCAGCUGGUCAAUGGAGAGAGGUCCUAUCAUAUCUUUUACCAACUAUGUGCAGGGGCUCCACCUACUUUGAGAGAUAAACUUAAGUUAAAAGGUGCAUCAGAAUACAAAUAUCUCAACCAGAGUGGCUGCUUGGUGAUCCAUGGUGUUGAUGAUGCCGAGGAAUUUCGUAAGCUUCUGGAAGCCCUAAACACUGUUAGGAUUUCUGAAAGGGAUCAAGAACAUGCUUUUCAGAUGAUUGCUUCAGUUCUAUGGCUGGGAAAUAUAACGUUCCAAGUAAUUGACAAUAGCCAUGUUGAAGUUGUGCAAAGUGAAGCUGUUGCAAAUGCUGCUAGCUUGAUUGGCUGUAAUGUAAAUGACCUCAUAGUGGCUUUAUCAACAUGCCAAAUACAAGCAGGCAAGGAUAAGGUUGCCAAGAGUUUAACUGUGGAGCAGGCAACGGAUAGAAGAGAUGCGUUGGCAAAGUUCAUUUAUGCAAACUUGUUUGACUGGAUAGUUGAUCAAAUGAACCGAAAUCUUGCAAUGGGAAAAGAACAGACGGGUAGAUCCAUAAAUAUUCUAGACAUUUAUGGUUUUGAAUCAUUUAAGAAAAAUACCUUCGAACAAUUUUUAAUAAACUAUGCAAAUGAGAGGCUCCAGCAGCAUGUCAACAGACAUCUAUUGAAACUCGAGCAAGAGGAAUAUGAAUUGGAUGGAAUUGAGUGGUCAAAAGUAAAUUUUGAAGACAACCAAGAGUGCCUGGACCUUUUUGAAAAGAAACCAAUUGGGCUUAUAUCUUUGUUGAAUGAAGAAUCAAAUUCUGUAAAAGCUACUGGUCUGACCUUUGCGUGUAAACUUAAGCAGCACAUCAAAUCUAGCCCUUGCUUUAAAAGCGAAAAAGAAGAAUUUUGUAUUCGCCAUUAUGCUGGAGAGGUACGUUAUGAUGCAACUGGCUUCUUAGAAAAGAACAGAGAUGAGCUGCAUCCUGACAUUAUCCAGCUACUCUCAUCAAGUGACAGCCACCUCCCCGAAGAUAAAAAAUUCUCAAUUCCAUCGAGUGAUACAAGGGUGCCAGAUUUUCACAAGCAAAGUGUUUCAACUAAGUUUAAGGAUAAUCUGUUCAAAUUGUUGCAGCAGUUGGAAAAUACCAUGCCACAUUUCAUAUGUUGCAUAAAACCAACUGAUAAGCAGCUUCCUGGCAUGUUUGACAAAGAUCUUGUCAUAGAACAGCUCAGAUGCUGUGGUGUUCUUGAGGUGGUUAGAAUAUCAAGAUCUGGCUAUCCCACUAGGUUAAAACAUCAAGAAUUCACAAACAGGUAUGACUUCCUUCUGCCGAAGGAUAAUGCAUGUCAAGAUCCUUUAAGUAUGUCAAUUGCCAUUCUUCAGCAGUUUGGUAUUCUUUCAGAACUGUACCAAGUUGGGUAUACAAAGUUGUAUUUCCGAGCAGGACAGAUUGCUGCAUUGGAGGAUGUAAGGAACCAAGUUCUGCAAGGUACUCUUGAGGUGCAGAAGUGCUUUCGUGGUCAUCGUGCUCGUCGGCACUUCCAUGACCUGAAAGGAGGUGUAAUCAUGCUUCAAUCAUUUAUUCGUGGUGAAAUUGCAAGAAGGCAGUUUAAUACUAAAGUGGUGUCUAAAGGAAAGGUUGCUCGCGAAGGAAGUGAUGAGCAGCUGGUGGCUGUUGUGCAGAUACAAUCAGCUAUUCGUGGCUGGUUGGCUCGAAGGGAUCGUAGUAAACUGCAGAAUUCAAAAUUGUUAAAUGUAGAUACACGAAAAACAAGCCGAAAAAGGGAGGUCAAGGAGUUGCCUCGAGAAAUUUUACCUUCUGUUGUAGAAGACCUCGAAAAACGGGUGGUAAAGGCUGCGGCAGCCCUUGAACAGAAGGAAAAGGAAAAUGCUUCCCUGAAGGUACAAGUACACCAAUUUGAGGCCCGGUGCUUAGAAUAUGAGGCCAAGAUAAGGUCAAUGGAGGAGAUGCGGCAAAAGCAAAUGACAUCAUUGCAGCAGGCUAGUCUAGCUGCAGCCAAGAACAGUCUUGGUGCUGGUGAUACUACUGGUCGAUCUGGAAAGCUUGAAGGUUCCCUAUCUCCUCACUAUUAUGAUUCUGAUGAUGCGACAUCUAUGGAUACACCUGCGGGGCACACGCCAGUUAGAUUUUCUAACCACAGCUUUGGUGUUGGAGCUAAUAAAGAGGUUAACGGUGGUGUAUCCUUGCUCAGCCACCUUACAAUGGAAUUUGAGCAACGGAAGCAGAAUUUUGACAACGAAGCCAUGGCAAUUGUUAACUUGAAGCCAGGGCAGUUACAUUCUAUUAAUCCUGCAGAUGAGUAUCGAAGACUGAAACACAGGUUUGAGGAAUGGAAAAAAGAGUACAAGGCCCGGUUGAAGGAGAUGAAGGCCAAAGUACAUAUGCUUGAAGGGAAGAAUCGUAGAAAAUGGUGGGGUAAGAAGAGCAAAUGAUUUUAGCUUAAAAUCAUUCUCGUUUUCUUCUUUAGGGUGUUAAACUGUAUAGGUGAUACUAAUUUCCCCAACUAUGGUUGAUAAUCUGGCAAAGUUGGUGGAGAUUGUGGAAAAUAGUGUACGCAUGGAUAAAGUUGGUUGAUAAUAGUGUACGCUCAGUUAUGGAUCCUCUGUGAUCCCUCAGCUAGAUAGUUUAGAGCUUGGUUGUGAAUAGCCUGUUGUAGCAACAAUGUUAGGUUGUGGAAGUACAUUAGAUAGCUUUCGAAAAAACGGACUAUGAGUAUUCUCGGUCCUCAUGCUUUUUGUAUUAGCAAAUGUUGUAAUUAGUUAUUGAAAGAUGGUGAUCAAUUGUAGAAAAGUGAUUACUUGAUUGUUCA